CAUUGUGGAACUGAGGCGCUUGGCCGUGUUCAGAGCGCCAGCCGUUCGCAUCUUUUCGUCGGUUAAAUGUUUGGAGUUCAGUUUUUUAAAGGCUCGUCCGUCCAUUAAAUUUGUGCGGUAUAUUUAUUAAAUCUGUUCGUCGCAGAGGCAUUGAAACUGUGAGUUAAUCGUGAGUUUCAUAGCAACGAGAUUCAGGCGAAUCGAAGGUCGUUUUCGUGAGAAUUUUCGUUCUCGUUAAAGUUGGUUGGAACUGAUGUUUUGAGUUACCGAAAGACGAUUUGUUUCAAAAUUUCCUGCAAGGUUCAUCUAAUUCGUGUCGACUAUCGGUUCAACAGCGGUAAACUCGCAGAAGAAGGCCUUGAGGACAUUCCCAAUCCAGGACGUCUAGGACAAACUCUGCGUGGCAAAAGUCAAGCAUUUUAAAGUAAUGGACGCAGAGGAACAAAUAAACAGCUUGAAAGAGGCCCUGAAGCAAUCAGCCGAAGAUGCGCAACAACUGAUUAGAUCAUUAAAGCUAUCACUACACCUUCGAAUCAAACUCUUUUGCCUAGCCUGUAUGAGAGACGACAAAAAAAUCGCCGAGAUAAUAAUAAACGACGGCUUCGGGCAAUCGACUCCUUCAGGCGAAAGAUCAAGAGAGGAACUCAUCCAGUACUUGCAGCGCCCCGAUGACCCGGAGGGACACCUCAACGGGUACAUCAUAAGCACAGCGAUUAAAGAUGACAUGCCUGUCAUGGGCCGCGUCGGGAAAGUCUACGUGUAUAAUAUCCUCCCUCGGCUGAAGAAAGUCACUCUGCUGACAGAGGACUUCCGAAACAUCGAGAUGUACCUGCUCGACCGAUCGUUUCUGCUGGAGCGCGGCGUCGACGUAAAUAAGCGCGUCAACGGCGGAUACCCACUUCUGCACAUCGCGCUGGAGAUGGGCGACCCAGCGGUGGUAGAACUAUUCCUGAGUUGGGGCGCCGAUCCGGACAUGAAGGACGUCCACGGCUCCAAUGCUCUCCACGCUGCGGCGAAAUCAAAAGCCGAAGGCGUCGUCAAGUGGUUGCUCCGCUACGGAGCAGACAUUCAUUGCGUCAACAGGUUCGGAAGAACACCACUCUACGGGCUCGCUAACGCAGGGCUCAAGACGGAAGUGGAACUGCUUCUAGCUCGUGGCGCUAAAGUUGAUCUAGCGGAUAAAAACGGAGACACGCCCCUCCAUGAAGCAUCAAAGGGGCAGCCGGAGAUCGUGGAGCUCCUCUUACCUUACGGAGCUCGCGUGAAUGCACUCAACGAGCGUGGACAGACUCCUCUCCUUUGUGCCGCCGCUUUCUCAAACCCGGAGGAUUUCACCCCCGAAACGAGAGAAAGGGUCGAGAACGUGAUAGAGAUCCUCGUCAAAAAUGGGGCGGAUGUAAACCGCGCUGACCUCGAAGGAGGGACCGCACUGCACUUUCUCGCCGCAUCCGGGUGCGAACGGGGCGUUAAACUGCUGCUGGAAAACGGGGCCACAGCGAAUUCCGUUAACUCGAAGGGCAGGACACCCUUACACGAGGCCGCAGGGUCCUGGACGCCUUCGGGAAGACCCGCCGUCGUCGAGCUGCUCCUCCGACACGGAGCCGAAGUCGACGCUCGGGACCGGGACGGGCAGACACCUCUCGUCCGUGCAGCAUCCUGCCGGGACUACUUCAGCCUCGGCAAUUACGAGCUACCGCAGAAAGACGUUGUCGAGCGACUCCUGAACGGCGGGGCCGACCCGGAAGCGAGUGAGUUGUCGCCACUCUUUCGAGCGAUCCUCAGUAACGAAAGUACCAAUCGAAGUAACUACGAACAACCGGACGUCGUUCGUGCGUUACUAGACCACGGAGCCGAGACCGACACCUUAUUCGCGAAUGUUCCUUCCGACACCCGCUACAUCUCGAGGGCUCUGAAGACGGCGCUGGAAUACGGUCUGGUGAGAGACGUCUCCCGGCUGAUAAGUCUCCUCGACUAUCAACCCCAAACCGUACGUCGGGAACGCAUCCAGGUGGAGGAGGGCCUGAACCUCGCACUGCCGGAGGACUUCGAGAACGAGCUGUACUUGAUCGAGGGCGAUGAGGAAAACCGCGAGGCUGUUCGGAAUGUCGUUCUGAUGCAUAUUCUGAAACUCCAUGCCGCCGGGCUGGUUACGUCUAUAAGUCCGAACGAUUCGGCUAUGCUCAAAUCGUUAUUCGAAGACCGCCCCUCGGAUCUCCUGAGCGUGGAGGUCGAGAGAAUGGCGGAGAGGAUCCCUGGGGGAGAUCUGACCGUCCACGACGUGCUGUUCAUGUCCGUGGAUCGGCUGGCACGUCUGGCUUGUAACGAUGGAGUAGUGGAGGCUUUUUCGUCGGUGGAGAGGAAGUUCCCGGUCUACGGGACGAUGCUGAAAGGGCGCAUGAGGAGAGGUCAGGAGCGGCGUCGAUGGAGCGAGGCAGCGUGUCGCGUUUGCCAAUGGCUCUUCGACCAGCAGCUCAGGCAUUUGACACCACGGGUACAGGUGCCCCCGGAGAUCACGGAGAGAGUGGUCGCGACCUUUAGGGACGUGGAGAUGAAGCGGCUCGUGAUUGGCUUUGGGCAGGAACCUGAUGGUUUGGAUUCGUGGGUGAAUGAAGAGGUGGAACCUGGUGGAUGGAUUUAUCUAACCUUGUUUGAUCCAGCUGCCACCCGCAUAAGUGAUCCGUCAAGUUCUAACCACGAUACUUAGAGUUUGUGCCAAUUCCUCGUUGCUGCUUAUAUCGAGUUACUUCAACCACACUUGAUUUACGAAGUUGAUGAAUUCUGCACCAAUUUUUUUUCGUGAGGACGAUCUUCAUUAAGGGCUCUCUGGAAGCGAUUAGAGUGUUGUUUGUCCACAUCAAGCAAUAUCGUGGCUUAAGGGCGCUUUUGAUGGUCAUUAGUGCAACCUGGACGGAACGGAAUCUAUGGAUCCUACAACUGUCCUUGCUGACAACUCCCCCCCCCCCCCCC